GUCCCCGGCGUGAGUGAACCAGUGUGACUGUGGCUGUGUGUAGUGAAGGGGCUUUAUUCUCACCACUGGCCACCUCUACCUAAUUACCCUCCUCAAUUUACCCAAGAACAAGUAUAUCACCAUUUCAAUGACCUUUGGUGUCUUGAUCUUUACCUAAUGAGGUAAAAAAUCUGCUAAAGUCUUAAUGACUACGAACAUUUACCUCUUGUGUGACCUGUUAAGGUAGAGCAGCGGAUGUGGGACAGCAGAAAUAUUGUUAUUAUCCAGGGCCGUUGGUGUGCACAAUGGCUGCCAUGACAGCCAGUGUCCUUAAUAAUUUUGCUGAUCUUGCACUGUCACUACCAACUCCCUCUUUAGAAGCAACCAUCAAACAAAACCCUACAGUUGUUGACUCAACAGGGUAUGAUGGGAGGACAGCACUACAGAAAGCGGUGAUGGUUGGGAACCUCCCAGUAGUGAGACUACUGCUGCAGUAUGGUGCUGACCCCAACCUCAGAGCUCAGUCAGGUGAGACUGCUGUACACAUAGCAUGCUGUAGAGGACUACUCAACGUGGUUGUGACACUUUUGAAACACGGAGGAGAUCCCAUGGUUGUGGAUGGCACUGGAAAAGUAGCUGCGCAUUGUGCUGCAAUUGCUGGCUCAAUGGUGCUUGUACAGUAUUUGGCAGAAGUUUGUGAGGUGAACUUAGAAGCUGAGGAUAAUCGUGGCUCCACUCCCCUCCAUAUUGCUGCUGCCUGUGGACAUCUUGGCCUUGUACAGUAUCUUGUCCAGAGUAAAAAAGUUACUCGUACAAAAGUGGACGUUGAGGGCAACACAGUGCUUCACUCGGCAGCCACCGGAGGAGUGUCGGGUGUUUGCUGGACAAUAAUCUACCCGGGUUCUGAGCAGCUCCUCACGACUCCCAACACAGCGGGUCUUACGCCUGCUCAAGUUGCUCAUGCCUCCACUUCAAUCUCCCCAGACUGUCGUAAGUGGCUGGACCGAUGGACGAGACAGUAUGAGCGCAGCAGUGCAGUGGAAUCUCCUCGAUGGCCUUGGUUGAUUCAGUUGUUAACUCCAGUGACUAUUUUUUAUAUUGGAAUUUUGCUGUCUAUGUUUGCCAUGCCACAUCACCAGUGGAUGGUUGGACUGCCCGUGUUCAUUGUAGCUCUCACGGUACUGGCAAGACAACAACAUCGCAUGAAGCACCCCAUCAGGUGGCCCAAUCCUAUAUACUUAGGAGCAUAUGGAGGAGGACUUUUAUCCACAAUGGCAUGCUACUUUAUCGGGAUUGACGCUCAUCGACAUGAACCAAUUAUCGUUUCACUCAUAAUGUGGAGUACGGCGCUUUUCCAUGUCAUCAUCUUCUAUAAACUGGUCACAGGUGACCCUGGGAUAGUUCGAGCUGAGGGCCCUCUACAGGAAGUGCUGCGAGGUGUGGGCGAGGGAGUGGUACGGGGAUAUUGUUCUGAGUGUCAGUUGGCCUCGCCCCCAUUCUCACACCACUGUCGCCUAUGUGUGGAAUGCCACCAUCAAACAGACCACCACUGUCUCUUUCUCAACACUUGCAUUGCCGCAAAUAAUCACUGGCAUUUUGUGGUAUUUAUAAUGUCGAACAUGGUUCUCAUGGUUGGAUUUUUGGAAGCAGCCUACAGAGUUACUAUACCCCAGGCUACUCAGGGGGACUGGGUUGACCAGUUGGCAGCACAUUUUUGGUAUCUAAUGGAUGAAGAUAUGUGGACCUUCCUCAUGAUGAUAUGCAAUGGAGUUUCCUUGCUAUGGGCCAUUCAUCUUUUAAACAACCAAUUUCAGGUUAUAGGGUCUCAGCAGACAACUUUGUGCCGCCUUAAGCUAGGAAACCCCCUGACGAAACCAACACACAGAGAAAAAGUCAAGAAUUUCUGGAGUUUUCUUGUUCGUGGCCGAGUUCCUUUGAGCAAUCAGACUCAUUAUUUUAGUCAAGUGUAAUUCUACAAAAUAUUACAAAUCGUUGUAAAUUUACUGUUGAAAGCAGGUUACCUUAGGGAGAGUAUCUGAACAGAAUUUUUUGAAGAGUUAUGUGAGUUUUGUAUAUUUCGUUUUUGGCCAUGUACUCACCUAAUUGUGCUUGCGGGGGUUGAGUUUGGCUCUUUGGUCCCGCAAGUGCACUGCACUGAAUGUGUUUUGGCACAAAAUUUAUUAUCGUUUUACCGUUGGAUUUCUAUCUGCACUGAAUUCUUAGGAAUAAUGUUCGUAAAGGAAAGUUUAUUCAACUCCAUUGAAAAGAUAAUGGAAUGGUAAAUAGUGUGGUGAGAUAUGUGCACACGAGUACAUAUGUUUAGAAAUCAACACAUCAAUACAAUCUAAAGCCACCAUCUUUAAGCAUUAUAUUUUCUUGGGAGAACAUUUUCUUAGGUUAGUAAGAUGUAAUUUGAUAAUUAAACAAAUAGCCAACCUGUUA